GAGACAGCAACAGAAAUCUUGGAUCCAGAAGGAGUGCAGGACUGCAAUUUCUGUUCUGACUGCAAGGCAGCAGUGUUGACCUGGAUGCAGAGCUGUUCUCGCCGUGCCGCUGCUGGAUGGCAGCGAGCGGAGGCACAAGGAGGACCGAGGAAGGAAGAGAGGAAAAGCAGGGACCCUGCCCUCCAGAGCAGCACCUCAAAGGCUGACUGUCCUCCUGUGGAAGCAAGGCAAGAGGCACGUGCUAGUGGCAGGAAAGCUCCCCCUUCUCACCACACCUUUGCUCACCUUCUGCUGAGCUGCCCUGCUCUGGCAGAUACCAGCUCUCUCCUCUCUAAACUCUACCUCCUCACGCACAACGAUGCCCACAGGGGUGAGGUUGCUGCCAGAUGCACCUCUUUGUGAUUGGCGAGAGGAGCAGAUGACGCUUCCUGGCGUAUAAGUGCGAGAGGAAACACUGGGAGCAGCGAUAAGCCGAGCAAGCCAGCCACCUGGAGAGGAGAGCCGAGAAGGUGCUAAAGCAGCUGCUUGCCAUGGCAUUUGGAAUGCUAAUCUACAUCCUGCUGAAAGCAAUGGGGGCACUGAGCGAAGAGGCAGCUGCUACUGGUCCAUCCCUCAGCACAGACUUACGGAGUAAUUGGACCAAAAACCACGCUGAAGCAGAUUACACAGAGCAGCCAAAGCUCUUGAAGCUGAUGCAGACCUGCCUUGAAGAGCACCACAGCUACUGCAUCAAUGGGCUCUGUGCCUUCCACAGCGAGCUGAGGAGACCUAUCUGCAAGUGCCUGGCAGGCUACAAUGGCGAGAGGUGUGAGCACCUCACCCUCAACUCCUACGCACACAACUCCUACGAGCGCUACAUCGCCGUGGGCAUCGGCGUGGGCAUCCUCACCAGCGGGGUGCUUGCCAUCGUCUACUGCUACGUCAGGAAGAGAUGCAGGAAACUGAAAUCCCCCUACAAAGUGUGUGUGGGCGAGACAGCGCUGUGAGGAGCUGGCCUGGAGCUCACCUGGCAACAAGUGGAAGUCCUGCUGGGAGGCCACCCUGCGCCCUCAGGCAGCUACCCCAGCCUGGCUGCUGGGAUGAAAUGAAGGCAAUGGCAGCAGGAGUACCUAAAAGGAUCUCCUGCAAAACUGCUGGGCUCCCUCUGCCUCUGAGGACAGACUCCUCCUUUGCAGUAAAGGCUGCAAGCUGAGAUGAGCAGCAGCUGAGGAUACCUGCAGCCCUCUCAGUGCUCCCCUUUGUUAGUGUUGCUGAGGGGAGGGCUGCUUGGUUUCAGCUGUUUUCAGUCAUUUCAAGCCCUCCUACAGUGUUCUGCUUUGGUCUUUUCUCUCUCUCUUUUUUUUCCUUUUUGUCCCCUCUGGAGGAAAAUCACAACUGUCCCCCAGUGGAGCUGUGCUCUGAACCUCAUGUGCUGACAAGAAGCCAGUUGGGUUCUGAUUUCAGUGCCUGCUGCCUGUGUGUGUGGAUAGAGUCUUCUUCCAGCACAGCAGUGAUCUCGAAGGUCCUCUCCAACCUAAAUGGUUCUAUGAUUCAGUGUGCUAAACAAACUGUAGGCUUCUCCUGCCACAAAGGACAAAACCAUCAGGCCCUUUGGACUGAGGGCAAUGGUUGGUUCUCAGAAGCUUACAGAGAGCAAGCAACUCCUGGAAAAUCAUCUCAGGAGACCUCUGGCCCUGUUGUCCUAAGCAGAGGAAUAGAACAUCUUCCUCCAAAUGGAUUAUUGAGUGCACUCCUGACAAGGAGCUCUGCUCUUCCCUGACAUCAUGGAGCAGCUCAUCAGCUUGAUAGAACUUCAGCAGAACAUGAGCUGGCUGCUCUGUGGUUGCAGCACAGGACUGCUCUUGCUAGAGAAGCUGGCAUUUUGCUGUGAAACUUCAGUGUAGCUUUGCUCAGGAAACAUUCCCUUUAUGCUGCUCUCAUAUUCUGUGUGUGAUGGACCACUUCAGGAAGAUAGAAAUGACCACAAGGAUUUUACUCCACCCUGGACAAACAGGGGACAUCUCUGAUGCUGGUUUUAAUUCAUCUUGUCUGUGAAGAGUCCUGGAAGCAAAAGGAUUCAAGGAACAGGGGAGAAAAUUGGUUCUGAAGAUGGUGGCUUCUCUCUGGUGCUUGGAGUGUUUGCCAGUGUUGAUGACACUGGAGAUGGCUCUGAGGUCUCAGUUCAGCUGCUGCAUGUCACAGACACAUCUGCUUUGCUUUGUCACCUGGGAGAAAAAGACAGGUGCUGUGUGAUUUUCUGAGGUGACAGAGGCUCCUAAACUGAGGUGCCCUGCUGGAAAGCUCAGCUGCUUUGUUCUGUGAGGGAGUUUUCACAACAGGAUGGAUGUCAUUUGUUGAGCCCCACUGUGUGUUGCGAGACCAUGGUAAUGCUGCAGCAUGUCUGUGGGCUGGGCUCGGACAAAGCCACUGCACCUCUGGCACCCCAGUGGGCUGCAGCUCCUCUGCAGGCUUCUCACACAGGGGCCCUGGUCAGUACUGAACCCUCCAGGCUCUCCAUUUGGUGGCAAUCAAUAAAAGAUCACAGCAGA